AGGCCUCACAACGUCAUGAAGAGUUGACGCGCGAGAUGCGGGAACUCAGGACGAGGCGGGUGAAUGCAGUGGGCAGCUUGCAUGGCAAGCUCUGCGCCCUUCAUGGGAAGCCAUGGGUUUUGAAAGCGCCGCCUUCAGGCGCCAGGGCUCACUGCUCCAAGACGCUCUCAUCUCAUUCAUCGCCUCGCUCGCCCCAGAGCCCACAACGCUCGAUGAGUUGUGGCUCACGGUCGCAGAGCCCACAACCCUCACGGUCCAUGAGCCGAAAGCGGAAGGCCCUGCCGCGACGCUUGAAAAAGUUGAAGGAGGCCUCGUCCUCCUCCUUAGAGGCGGCCGAGGAGCGGCGAAAGCAGCGCAUGGCUGCAGACGGCUGGAUCUUCGAAACCUGCCCGCGCUACACCGUGCCGGGUGGAGUGAUUGUGAAGCCGCCAGUGUGGAAAGACCUACCCAAAGGCAUGUCUGCUUUCCAUCGAAGCUUGAUCGAUGUGGUCGGCCAGUCCUUGAGAAAGAAAGACAAGUACAUGUCAGCAGAUUCUGAAGGGUCCACCUGGCAUGGUUUGCGGGGAAGUUCUCAUUUGUGCACCGAAAUAUGGGAGAACCCUGAGGAGGGACUCCUCACUUGCGGCCACUUCCAGGAGUGGUAUGUGCAAAAGCAGCUCAAGGAACAGUUGUUCGAGCGCAAAGAGGAGCUGGUGACCUUCCACCAGAACUUUGGCCUCCUGACAUGUUGGACUCGGGUGCAAGUGGUGGCACGCCUGGGUAGCUCUUACAUAAGCGGUUAUAAGUCACAAGUCGGUCUAUGUUUCUUGAAGUGUUGAGAGCUGAAUACCAGGCCCCUCAAUCAGAGCUAGCAGAAUGCACACCACAGUGAUCCAGAUUGGUGGAUGGGCCGGACCACAGUGUGUCACAUUCUCCGCUUUCGCAACGUGUCGUUUCUGCAUGCAAUGUAGUGUUUUAAGUUGUUGGCAAAGGGGCUCAAAGGAGAUCCCGCUAAGAACAAACCCAUUUUUGGCUCGCUACAACGUUUCUGGGGCAUAGAUUUAACUUGAACCUGAAGGCCCGUG